UUUGUCUCAUGGAUGGUCUGAGGGGAAGCCAGGAUCAGACGGAGGUGGUGCAGCUACCCCAUCAAGAUCGUGGGAAGAUGGCAGAACCCGAUCCUUCAGAAAGAUCGGAAUCCUGGAGCCAGGUGCCCAAGAAAGACCCGCUCUGGAUUAAGCUCAAGAUAUCUAAGACUGAGCAAGGCGGUGAGCCGAGCGAGCAGGAGGAGCCUCCUUCAGCAGCUGUCCGAGUUUGCGAAUUCUGUGGCAAGCGUUUCAUGAAUGGGAAGGCCCUUGGGGGCCACAUCAGGAUCCACAAUCAAGAGAAGAACAAGGGGAGCAGCUCGAAGAAGACAGAUGAGUCGAGGCUGAGGAAGCAGAAGGCGAAGUGUGAGAAGCAUGUUCACGAGGAUCUUCCAGCUCUGGAGAAAGGAAGAGACUUUGAUUGUUCAGAGAAAGACAAGGAGACACCAUGCUGCUACAUCUGUGACCGGAACUUCCCUUCCAUGAAAUCGUUGUUCGGGCACAUGAGGUUCCAUCCUGAUAGGAACUGGCGAGGAGUUCAGCCUCCAGCCCAAGAAAAGGACGGUUCUUGCACAAGAGAAGUCGAAUCCGUGGACCAGAAGGCCACAGAUCAGGGCUCAGCUUGUUUGGAAGCAGGAAGUUCAGGAUGCUUGGUGGAUCUUUUGAAGGGCUUGCCAAGCUGGUCCAGGACCGAUAAAAGAGGAAGGAAAAGCUUGAUCGCUUUGGAACCCGAGGCUAUUGAUGGCCUCAUGAAGUUGGCAUGUGCUGCUUCUUAUGAUUCGGGCAUAUCUGAUGACCAAGUCUCCGAUGAGAGUCCACUAAGGAAGCGCAGGCUUGACGAGGAAGAGCUUCCAGGGCCUAAAAACCAAAACCCAGAACCAACGGAAAGUCAAAUCCAACAAUCAACUAAUAUCGAAGGCGAGGGCUCGUACAAAGCAGUUCGCAAUCAGGACUAUGAGCUGGAACAUGCAGACAGGCCUAGGAAAUACAGAAAAGGAGAGCGUUUUGGUCAUAAUUUGGAGAGAAACCCGAAUAUGGAGGCUGGCAAGAAGAUCAAGGUGAGUGGGAUGUGUAAAACUCAAGAUCUCAGUACUAACAAGGAAGUGGCGGUGAUGCCGGUUAAGGAGGACAAGAUAUUGACAGAUCAUAGGUUUAAAUGCAUGACCUGCGAGAAGACCUUCCCGACAUUCCAAGCAUUGGGUGGUCAUCGAUCCAGCCACAACAAAGAAAGGGGGAAUGUUCAGCCACCAGAAGCCUCUUUAUCCACUGGUGCUUCAGGUACCGAGAAGAAAAUCGCACCAAGUGCCAAAAUUCAUGCUGCAGAAACCAACAAUUGCGCGACGAGCUCUGUGCAGGAGGACUUCAUGACUCACAGGUGCGAGAUCUGUUGCAAGAAGUUCCCAACCGGUCAGGCACUUGGGGGACACAAGAGGUGCCACUGGGCUGGGCAAACCGAGGGGCCCCCAUCUAGCGAAGUUGUGUCACCAGGAGAUCAAGCUAGCCAAAGUGGUCCUAGAGCCCUAGCUUUUGAUCUUAACGAACCUCCUCCAAUGGAUGAGGAAGAUGGCGUCAUCUCUGGAUUCAACCGUGCCUGAUCUACAGAGCUGGUUAUUGGCGUUUCCUUCUUUCCUAGUAAGUAAUUGCAGUAAAAUUGAU